AAUCCAGAUGAAAAAGGCUGGAACGAUGUAGCUGUCAAAAUGAAUAAAUUAAAUAUGUGCUUACUUGCACCUGGAGUGUCUCCCUCUAUUAACACAACAGGAAUGGAAGCUGCAUCUGUUCCGUUUGAAAUGAAGCUUCCAGUUCAUGAUAUCUGGAAAAAUUAUACAGUCAUAUCUGGAAGCAUUGCAGCAAUCGACCUUGGUCUGCGUGAUAACAUUGGAACAAAUUUAUCUUUUUCGCUAUCUCUGAUGCAAUCACAAAACAAGCUAUGUCUGAACCUGUACCAUCCUCGGUUUGUGUCUAUGCCACAUGGAGCCCCAACUUGUAAUUCUUUACAGUUUAAUCCUUUUCCAAAGAGCAUUGGAGCAUUUAUACUUCCCCGUGAAGAUAAAAAACUAACAACUGGCAGCAUCACACCAAAAUGCGCUGAUAAUUCAGCAUUCGACGUUAAAUUACUAGAAAACCCAGCGUGGACUGUACUGUUGGGAAAAGAGGAAAGGGCUAGAUCAAGCCACCAUUUAAUGGUGGCAUCACUUUUCCUGCUAGCUUCGUUUUUCACGAUCUUAUGCUUUGCAGCGGUUCGCGGAGGAUCGUCAAGCAAACCAGUCAAAAUCAGCAUUCCAGGACGAAUAGGGUCAGAAGACAAAGAACCACUCGCUCCAUAAUAUGUUCUAUUUCGCACAGACUGUGGUAAUGUCAUAUGUGUGUAGUGAAAAAGGCUUUCUUUUGUCUUCUACUGAAUGUGUUCUCUAGGAAGUGUGUUUACAAAUCUUUAUGUGGGCAGCAUACGUUUGUACAGUACAUUCAAGAAUAAAGUAUGCAUAAUGGUAUGCAAGAACGACA